GGUCUGUGGCGCAGGCGCAGUGCGGAUAAACAGGAAGCGGGCGGUAGAGGCAGAGGCCGCGGAGCGCCGGGGUCUGGGAGCGUAGCCGUGGAACUUUGGUUGUCUGGAGGGCAGCCGCGCUGAGAAGGAAAGGCGUCUGACCGUCUUUCCGCGGAAGCGAGGUGCAGCUCGGUUCUCCGCGCCGGCUCCCGGGCCCCAGCUCAGGCGGCUGCCACUGACAAAGGGCUCGAGCCGGCGCCGCCCUUCUCAUCCGGGCAUUCGGGCCUCUGCGGAGACGAAGGGGGAAGGGCUGAGGGGGGAGGGGAAGGAACCCGAGAGCCGCGAGUGCUGUGGGAGCCGAGGCCCUUAUCUAAGGCUCCGGGCCUGUGGCCCAACGGACGGAGACCGACGAGGACCGCGGGCGGCGGCGGGUGGCUGCAGGAGGAUGGUGCAGAAGGAGAGCCAGACGGCGCUGGAGGAGCGGGAGAGUGACCUUAGCUCCAAUCCCGCCGCCUCCCCGGGGGCGUCGCUGGAGCCGCCCGCCCCGGGGCCCGAAGACAACCCUUCCGGAGCCGCCGGAGCGGCUGGGGCGGGCGCGGCCGGAGGGGCACGCAGGUUCCUGUGCGGCGUGGUGGAAGGAUUUUAUGGAAGACCUUGGGUUAUGGAACAGAGAAAAGAACUCUUUAGAAGGCUUCAGAAAUGGGAAUUAAAUACAUACUUGUAUGCACCAAAAGAUGACUACAAACAUAGGAUGUUUUGGCGAGAGAUGUAUUCGGUGGAAGAAGCUGAGCAACUUAUGACACUCAUCUCUGCUGCACGAGAAUAUGAGAUAGAAUUCAUUUAUGCUAUUUCACCUGGAUUGGACAUCACUUUUUCUAACCCCAAAGAAGUAUCAACAUUGAAGCGCAAAUUGGACCAGGUCUCUCAGUUUGGGUGCAGGUCAUUUGCCUUGCUUUUUGAUGAUAUUGACCAUAAUAUGUGUGCAGCAGACAAAGAGGUAUUCAGUUCUUUUGCUCAUGCACAGGUCUCCAUCACAAAUGAAAUUUACCAGUACCUAGGAGAGCCAGAAACUUUCCUCUUCUGCCCUACAGAAUAUUGUGGCACUUUCUGUUAUCCAAAUGUGUCCCAGUCUCCUUACUUAAGGACUGUGGGUGAAAAGCUUCUACCUGGAAUUGAAGUGCUUUGGACGGGUCCCAAAGUUGUUUCUAAAGAAAUUCCAGUAGAGUCUAUUGAAGAAGUUUCUAAGAUCAUUAAAAGAGCUCCAGUGAUCUGGGAUAACAUUCAUGCUAAUGAUUAUGAUCAGAAGAGGUUGUUUCUGGGCCCCUACAAAGGAAGAUCCACAGAGCUCAUCCCACGGUUAAAGGGAGUCCUGACUAAUCCAAAUUGUGAAUUUGAAGCCAAUUAUGUUGCUAUCCACACCCUUGCCACUUGGUACAAAUCGAACAUGAAUGGAGUGAGAAAAGACGUUGUAAUGACUGACAGUGAGGACAGUACUGUAUCCAUACAGAUAAAGUUAGAAAAUGAAGGCAGUGAUGAAGAUAUUGAAACUGAUGUACUCUAUAGUCCACAGAUGGCUUUAAAGCUAGCUUUAACAGAAUGGUUACAAGAAUUUGGUGUACCUCAUCAGUAUAGCAGUAGGCAAGUUGCACACAGUGGAGCUAAGUCAAGUGUAGUUGAUGGGACUCCCUUAGUUGCAGCGCCCUCUUUAAAUGCCACAACUGUAGUUACAACAGUUUACCAGGAGCCCAUUAUGAGCCAGGGAGCAGCUUUGAGUGGUGAACCUUCAGCUCUGACCAAGGAAGAAGAAAAGAAACAGUCAGAUGAGGAACCCAUGGACAUGGUAGUAGAAAAACAAGAAGAAUCAGACCACAAGAAUGACAAUCAAAUAUUAACGGAAAUUGUUGAAGCUAAAAUGGCAGAGGAAUUGAAGCCAAUGGACACUGAUAAGGAGAGCAUAGCUGAAUCAAAAUCCCCAGAGAUGUCUAUGCAAGAAGAUUGCAUCAGUGAUAUUGCUCCCAUGCAGACUGAUGAACAGACAAACAAGGAGCAGUUUGUGCCAGGUCCGAAUGAAAAGCCUCUGUAUACUGCAGAACCAGUAACCCUAGAGGACCUGCAGUUGCUUGCUGAUCUCUUCUACCUUCCUUACGAGCAUGGGCCCAAAGGAGCACAGAUGUUACGGGAAUUCCAGUGGCUUCGAGCAAAUAGCAGUGUUGUCAGUGUCAAUUGCAAAGGGAAAGACUCUGAAAAAAUUGAAGAAUGGCGGUCACGGGCAGCCAAGUUUGAAGAGAUGUGUGGACUAGUGAUGGGAAUGUUCACUCGGCUCUCCAAUUGUGCCAAUAGGACAAUUCUUUAUGACAUGUACUCCUAUGUUUGGGAUAUCAAGAGUAUAAUGUCUAUGGUGAAGUCUUUUGUACAGUGGUUAGGGUGUCGUAGUCAUUCUUCAGCACAAUUCUUAAUUGGAGACCAAGAACCCUGGGCCUUUAGAGGUGGUCUAGCAGGAGAGUUCCAGCGUUUGCUGCCAAUUGAUGGAGCAAAUGAUCUCUUUUUUCAACCACCCCCACUGACUCCUACUUCCAAAGUUUAUACUAUCAGACCUUACUUUCCUAAAGAUGAGGCUUCCGUGUACAAGAUUUGCAGAGAAAUGUAUGAUGAUGGCGUGGGUUUACCUUUUCAAAGUCAGCCUGACCUUAUUGGAGACAAGUUAGUAGGAGGACUGCUUUCCCUAAGCCUGGAUUACUGUUUUGUCCUAGAAGAUGAAGAUGGCAUAUGUGGUUAUGCCUUGGGCACUGUAGAUGUGACCCCUUUCAUUAAAAAAUGUAAAAUUUCCUGGAUUCCCUUCAUGCAGGAGAAGUACACCAAGCCAAAUGGUGACAAAGAACUCUCAGAGGCUGAGAAAAUAAUGUUGAGUUUCCAUGAAGAACAAGAAGUGUUGCCAGAAACUUUCCUUGCCAACUUCCCUUCUCUGAUAAAGAUGGAUAUUCACAAAAAAGUAACUGACCCAAGUGUGGCCAAAAGCAUGAUGGCUUGCCUCCUUUCUUCACUGAAGGCUAAUGGCUCCCGGGGGGCUUUCUGUGAAGUGAGACCAGAUGAUAAAAGAAUUCUGGAAUUUUACAGCAAGUUAGGGUGUUUUGAAAUUGCAAAGAUGGAAGGAUUUCCAAAGGAUGUGGUUAUACUUGGUCGAAGCCUGUGACAUUUGUUGGUACUGAACUGUCUAAAAGUCUCAUCUCCACCUUGUGGUUGGCAGUUGAGGUCUUCAACACAGUUCAGUCUCUGGAAUGGCAGCAAAUCAGCCAGUUGAAUUGUACACAAAGGCGGCUAUGUAAAACUCACCCAUCAUAAUUUCAGACUACUCACUGGUUGGAAGAAGAUAGUACUGUUGCAAAUCCUGUGUGAAACAGAUAUGUGUCCCCUUUUGGGUCUUGUGUUAGGUGCCAAGACUUUGCACAUGGGGUUAUAGAGGAAGAGGUUUUACAAUAAAUGUAGUCAGCACUAUUUUCUGCAUCCAGUGUGGCUGCAUUUCUCAAGAGUAAUGAAGAUCACUCUUGUUAUCCUCCAUGGUGUACUGAAUGAAAUGUCGCUUAUUCUUUGGAGACAUGGCAGAGAUGAGAAAGAUUCAGUGGGUUUCAGAGGCUUGAGGGUGGGUUUUCCAAGUGGCAUGGCUAUGGCAUUAGCUUAAGUUGAAUAAAUUAUUUCAAUUUGGGACAAUUUUUCUGCUUUUCAUAAAGCCAUGGCCAACUAUCUCCUAUAGUGACCCUUGGUUUCAGGCAUGUUGUGCUUUGUAGGGACAAAUGUGCAUUUGUUUGUGGCAAAGGCCUAAACUGACAAACUUGUAAAUUUCUAUGUAUAUAGAUUAGUUGUAACCUGAUGUUUUUGUAUUUUUUUUUUCCUUUUGAAAACGAAAAGUGUUGGUUUAGGAUGGGACUUUCAAUAAUGUAAAUCAGUAAACAGUAAUUUUUUUUUUCUUCCUAAAAAGUUCAAUUUUAAAGCGCCUCCCACAUAGGGAUAGGCCAGGACUAUUUUGGGUAUGAGCACCUAACUUCAUGAUGACUCAAAUCUGUUGGAAAGUGCAGUUACUUCUGGAAAUUAACUUCAAUAGCAGAUCUGCAUGUGAAAUGUUAGUUUUGACAUCUUUGUCAAGUAGUAAGGGGACUGUCAAUCUCAUUUGCCCUUAGAUCAUCGGUCAUUUAAUCUCAAGACCUGUUAUUACUGGUUUAAUUGAAUCGGUCUUUAAUUCUUGCAUGUUUGUAUCUAAUUUUUAAAAAUAUAUGUUAACCAAUGAUUUAUGGCUACUUUCAUUUAAUCAUAGUUAUGAAAACAUGUAUUUUGAUUUGGUGUAUUUAAGGGUUUUGAGCAUGAAGCUGGCAGAUAGUCUCUGCAGGAUUUUUUUUUUUCCAUCAUGGCCUAACUUUUAACUUCUCCAUAGAUUUACAGCAGUAUUUUGUUAUCUUGCUUCCUUCCAGUUUUGCAUCAGCUUUCAAACUUUGAGCUGAGUGAGGGGAGAGACGAAAAGGAAGCUUGAAAUAUUUUCCUUCAUAGAACUCCACCUGUGUGAACUUUGAGACAGUCUUAAAUGUAGCACUAGUACCUAGUGACUUCCACCUGAGGCCUAGGAGUGUUUGCUGAAUGAGGAAAGAAGCCUCUUAAGGGUAAAAAUCUUUUAACUGUGAUAGGGUGUGAUGUGUUGGAAAGCUGAAAUCAAUUUGUUUUUGAGGGUUGAGGUGAAGGGAAAAUGUUACUUCAUAUUAAGACCAUUAAAUGGUACUCAGCUUUCUCUUUGAAAACAUCCCAUGCACUAGUGGACAGUUAUAUUUUAUGUGGAGGAUUUCGGAGUCAACUUCAUAUGAAAUCAGGAAUUUGAAACAAGUUGCUUUUGGUUUUAUCUUUUAAUAAUAACUUUGGAUGAUCUUCUGGGCACACAUGUUAACUGUGAAACAAUGUCCAGGUCUGUACCUUCAUUACGAUCAAGUGUUAUGCUAUCUUCCAUGGUUAUGAAUAUUUAUUAAGGUUGGAAUGAUAUUUCAUUGAUGGUUUGGAUCACAACUCACGUUCCUGUAGAAAACGAACUACAUGUAAAACUAUCUGAAGACCAUACAAGAGGCGAAAUAAAACGAAGUGAAUUUGAA